AUGUCAACCCCGGAGGAAUCUCCCGCCCAGCGAUCUGCGCGCCUGCGCCGAGAGCGCCGCGAGGCCAAGAUCAGGGAUGGAGGAGCACAGCGUCUGGACAAGAUCACCAGCCUCAGCGGACGCACUCCCCAGCCCCACGAUGAAUCCUCUCCAACGCCCCGGUCUUCUGCCGCCAGCGUAUCCCCAUCCCCCGCGCCUCAAAUCCGACCCUCGCCCUCCCCCCAACCAGACAUGCAGUCUGCAGAGAACCUCCGCGCCCAGCAGGAAGCCUUCCGCGCCUUGCUCCGCCAAUCUGCUCCAGAGCCAGGCGAGGACCAGCAACAACCAGACGGCAUGCAAGAAGACCCUACCCUGAAACUCCUCAACUCUCUCCUCGGCUCCAUGCCCGGUGACCCCAACGCCGCAGCUCCCCCCGGCGCGCCUCCCCCGCCUCCAGGCCAACAGCCACCGGGCUUCUCCCCUGCCGACAUCGCCUCCGCGCUUGGUGUCCCGCCCUACCUUGCCAAUAUGCUAGGCGGCAAACAGCCGCCGACGGAGCAGGAGCAGAAGCGCCAGCAGGUAUUCAAGGCGCUGCAUGUUCUCUUCGCGGUCGUGGUGUCUGUGUACUUGCUUUUCGUGAUCGGGACGUCAGUUGCUACCUUUGGAUUUCCGCCGCCAAAGCCCGCGACGGCUCAGAACCCCUGGACUGUGUUUGUUACGGGGGAAUUGCUGCUCUCCGGUGGGAGGGUCUUGCUUUCUGGGAAACGGGGUGGUCUCGGUAUGGCGGUGCAGCUGGUUAGGGAUGUUAUCCGCGAUGGAAGUCUUGUUCUGUUUGUGCUCGGCAUGGGCGCUUGGUAUCAUGGCGGGUGGCAGACUGCUGCGGUGUACUAG